UCCGCCUCACACGUCUGGCUGGAGACAAAGAUGGCGGUGCGGAAGAAAGACGGCGGGCCGAAUGUGAAAUAUUUCGAAGCCUCUGAUACCGUGUCUCAGUUCGACAAUGUCCGCGUGUGGCUCGGGAAGAAUUAUAAAAAGUAUAUCCAGGCGGAGCCUCCCACGAAUAAAUCUUUGUCCAGUUUGGUGGUUCAGCUGCUACAGUUUCAGGAAGAAGUUUUCGGUCGACACGUCAGCAACCCCCCUCUCACCAAACUACCGAUGAAGAGUUUUGUGGACUUUAAGGCGGGAGGAGCGCUGUGUCACAUUCUUGCUGCUGCUUACAAGUUCAAGAGUGACCAAGGAUGGAGGAGGUUUGAUUUCCAGAAUCCUUCUAGAAUGGACCGUAAUGUGGAGAUGUUUUUGACCAUAGAGAAGUCUCUGGUACAGAAUAACUGCCUGACUCGGCCUGUGAUUUACCUGAGCUCAGAGAUUGAACCCAAACUUCUGGGAAAACUGAAGGAUAUCAUUAAACGACACCAGGGCUCAGUGACCGAUGACAAACAGGCCAGUUCUCAUGUGGUGGUUCCCAUUCCCACCAGUCUGGAGGAGGAGGAGUGGGUCCGCCCUGUGAUGAAGAGAGAUAAACAGAUGCUGCUGCACUGGGGUUACUGGCCCGACAGUUAUGAUACAUGGAUCUCAGCCAGUGAAGUGGAGGCUGUAGUAGAAGAUCCACCCAGUGCAGAGAAACCCAGAAAGGUUCAUGCGAAGUGGAUCCUGGAUCUGGAUCAGUAUAACGAGUGGAUGAAUGAGGAAGACUAUGAGGUGGGUGAAGGAGGCACGAGGAGGAAAAGGAUCUCAGCGAAGACUCUGACAGAUGAAGUGAGCGCUCCGGACGAGAGGAAAGAUAAAAAACCCGCCAAUGCCAAGAAACGCAAACGCUCCCCCUCUCCAUCCCCGACUCCGCCCCCUCAGGAGAGCAAGAAGAAGAAUACCAAGAAAGGGCCCACUACCCCCUACAAUAAGUCAAAGCGAGGUCAGAGGGAGGAGGAGCAGGAGGACUUGACUAAAGACCUGGACGAACCGUCACCUGUACCUGCAGCAGAGGAGUCGCUCAAUAAAACAGUGACUAAGAAGGACUCAGACUCAACCCCGGUGAAGGGAGGGACUGAUGGAGACGAACAGGAGGAUGAGGCAAUGGAAACAGUGGGAAAGGAGGAAGAUGAAGGUUCUGCCAGUGUGAAGGGAGAGCCGGUGAAAGGUUCUGAUCUGCAUGAGGAUAACGUGACAGAACAGACGCACCACAUCAUCAUUCCCAGCUACGCUGCCUGGUUCGACUACAACAGUGUUCAUGCUAUUGAGCGCAGAGCUCUGCCCGAGUUCUUCAAUGGAAAGAACAAGUCUAAGACCCCUGAGAUUUAUCUUGCCUACAGGAACUUUAUGAUCGAUACCUAUCGGCUGAACCCACAGGAGUAUUUGACCUCUACAGCUUGCCGUAGGAACCUGGCAGGAGAUGUUUGUGCCAUCAUGAGGGUCCAUGCAUUUCUGGAACAGUGGGGUUUGAUUAAUUAUCAGGUGGAUUCUGAGAGCCGUCCCACCCCCAUGGGGCCACCGCCCACAUCUCACUUCCACGUCCUGGCAGACACGCCAUCCAGCCUUGUACCCCUGCAGCCAAAAGCCUCUCAGACUCCGUCCUCACAGCCGAUGAUGUCGUUCCCGGACAAAGUGAAGGACAAACCAACAGAUCUGCAGAACUUUGGGCUGAGGACAGACAUGUACAGCAAGAAGAGCGGCCCGUCUAAGGGUAAAAACGCUGCAAGUGCUACACGGGAGUGGACUGAACAGGAAACUCUGCUGCUGCUGGAGGGUCUAGAGAUGUACAAGGAUGACUGGAACAAGGUGUCGGAGCACGUGGGCAGCCGCACACAGGACGAGUGUAUCCUUCACUUCCUGCGCUUGCCGAUUGAGGACCCAUACCUGGAGGACGGAGCAGCGUCUCUGGGGCCGCUGGCGUACCAGCCGGUGCCGUUCAGCCAGGCGGGGAACCCGGUCAUGAGCACCGUGGCCUUCCUGGCUUCAGUGGUCGACCCGCGAGUGGCCUCGGCUGCAGCCAAGUCUGCUCUAGAGGAGUUCUCCCGGAUGAAGGAGGAGGUACCAGCGGCUCUGGUGGAAGCUCAUGUGCGGCGUGUGGAGGAAGCGGCCCGGGUCAGCGGCAGACCGGACCCACUGUAUGGCCUGGAGGGCAGCGGCAUCGCUGGAACCGGCCUGGAGGACGCAGAUAAGCCUGAGGAGAGCAGUGAUGAGAGCAAGAGCAGCGACACUCAAAACACAGAGGACAAAAGAGACAACAGCAAGGAGGGUAAAGAUGGAGCAAGUGAGGAGGAGGAGAAGCAGGGUGAAAAUGGGAAGAAAGAAGAAGAAGGAGGUAAAGCAGGAGAGACAGAACGAGAGGCAGAGAAGACAGACUCGGACACGGGUGAUGUAGAGAAAGAGAAAGAAGGAAAAGAGGGAUCAGAGGAUGGACAGAGGGAAGGCGAGAGUGAUGGAGAGAGGAAAGCAAAGGUGGAGAGAGAUGUUGGUGAGGGGAAUCUGGCCACUGCAGCUGCUUCUGCACUUGCCGCUGCUGCUGUUAAAGCCAAGCACCUGGCCGCAGUGGAGGAGAGGAAGAUCAAGUCCCUCGUGGCUUUGCUGGUGGAGACUCAGAUGAAGAAGCUGGAGAUCAAACUGAGGCACUUUGAGGAGCUGGAGACCAUCAUGGACCGAGAGAGAGAGGCGUUGGAAUAUCAGAGGCAGCAGCUCCUGGCUGAUCGUCAGGCGUUCCACAUGGAGCAGUUGAAGUAUGCGGAGAUGAGAGCUCGCCAGCAGCACUUCCAGCAGAUACAACACCAGCACCAUAGCAACCAACCCAGCAACCAGCCCAGCAAUGCUCCGCCCAUCCCCCACCAAUCGGCUCCUAAUGCCAGUGCCCCACCUUCUGCACCCAGCCUCUCCCAGACUGCCUCCACCAACACCUCCAGUGAAGCUCCACCCACCUCUGCCUCUCAUGGCUCCUCCCCCAACAACACACAGCCUGGAGCAGUGCAUGACUCUAGCACCGUGCUAACAGGAGAUUCCCUCCAUCCCUCUGGCCCAGUGACCCCUGCACAGUGAACACACACACAUACAGGGGUUGAGAGAAUGAUGGGGAUGAAGUUUUGUUUUUGGGAGACUUUUAGUCUUUUAAACAUUUCACUUUAAACUGUUCAGACCCAAAUCUGAACCUUUGAUUCACGAAUUUUCAUGAAGAUUCACAAAUCUUCAACACACUAAUUCUAUACUCUGUACUCUACAGGCUAUACGAUGAAAACAGUGUUAAUUAAGUGUGGGUUUGUGUGUGAUUUAUGGUCCAGUGUUUUACCUACAGAACCCUGGAGAUGUUACACCACCUCACUGUUGCUACUUCAGCUUCUCACGGGAGAAUUUAAAAAAAAUUAGCUGCACUUUUCAAAACUUUUCCCAUUUCUUUCCCAUUGGGAGACAAGAAGGAAGAAGUCUGAUUUGAACCUGAAGCACUUAUAAACGUUAUUUUACUAAAAGUCUCCUGAAUUUUUGUAUUGAUUGGAUAAAAGCGCUUGAUUAGGACUGAAUCUUUGUAAAGGUGUUUGUGUGACUGUAAGGAUGAGGUGAGAGCUUUAGGUUUAGUUGCUCCAUCUGUUGGGAUUCAUUUGAUCUUUUUACAUGCUUUACUUUAAAUAUUUUUAUGUACAAAUAACUGUUAGCAUGAUGAAUAACUGACGGACAGAACAGUGUUAAAGUCUGAAACUUUUCUUCUUUGUUUCUGUAAAUGAACAUUAUGUACUGUAAAGAUUCAAAACUGUUCCACUGCGAGUACCAGGGACAUCACUUCCUCUUCAUCACUUCAUCUCCACUGCAUCACUUCACUUCCUCUAAAGUUCCUCUUCUAUUAGCUCCUUUUUCACUUUGUCUUUCAUCCCCAUUUCACACACUCCAUAUCUGUAAGUGUUUAUAGGUAGGUGUUUAGCGUGCGUCUGUUGUUUCCUGUUAUUUCAUUCACAGUGUUUUUAUUCACACAGCACACACACAUCUGAUUGCUGUUUACUGACUACACCUCAUCUGUUCAUUCGGUCUACAGAGCCACAUCUGUCGCUAUAGCAACGCUAAAGGCGUGAUAGAGGCAGGCGUAAAUGCACAAAAGGAACCAGAAGGCCCGCCAUUGUUCCACUGCCUAGACUCCACCCCUUUAUGCUGGUAGUUGUAGAUGACCAGAGGUGGAAAUUUGGUCAUGUCUUUGAGUCCAGUUAUGGACGUGUUAAAACAUGGGCAGUUAGAAGGCAGUCUUUAGUGGAGAUAGAAUCAGAUAUUUAGACAGAUUGUGAAAGAUUUUGUCAGCAGAAAGUUAACAUGGGCUGAGCUAACAUCACUGCAAGCGAGACAGCUGACAAAACCCAGCCAUAAAAGACUACACCUGUUUAGAAUUGUUUUACAGGUAGAUGAUCGAUAUGGACUUAAAGACACACCCACACGAAGUUUCCUGCUCAGAUCAGAUGUGUAGUGUGUGUGUGAACAGAGUUCUCAUCCAGUGUUAAAAUAUCUGAUUAAUAAUAAAAAGAAAGAAAACACAACAUUAAACACUCAGUAUGGUGUGUGUGUGUGUGUGUGUGUGUGUACAUGAAGUUAAAUGAAGGAAUGUGAGUACCUGAGCAGUAAAGUGAGGGAAGAUAAAGUUACGCGUGCACUCAUGUGAUUGUGCAUCUUCAUAUUUUUGUAUUUUUUUAUAUUUUUCAUUAUCAUGAACUGUUUUGCUGUUAGUGUUAUUUUACACAUAUAACUUUUGUGUCGCUGAUCCAUCCGUGUGAAAGUGUCGAGUUACACCCUGACACUGAACCCGUGUGUGUGAGAAUUACUUUAAUUUUAUUUGCAUUUAUAUGUUGUGGUGCGUGUUUAAGACUCACAUAUUACAACAGUAAUGCAGUUUACAUGCACAACACACACGUAUGUUUUGUCACUUCCGUUGUGAGACACUAGUGAUUUAUGAAGCAGUGUGUGUGUUUUUCUAUUUGGGAUGUUUGUGUUGUUAAAGUUGAACAGUUGUAUGUUGGUUCUGUGCUGAUCUGCUCAGUUGAUUAACAGACUGGUUUAGAAAGAUUACAUUUUAAUUUCACAGAUAAAUUCGUAUGUCUGGAAGAAUAAAACAUCAUCAAUGA